AUGUGAUAUGAUAUGCUGGUACUUGGAACUUGGAAGUCCCCCCGGUUAAGUUAUAUGUAUCUCAGUCUACUCACUGAAAGAAGCCAGACAAUCAUGCUUCGCCUUCUGAUCGUUUUAAGUUUCCUCAGAGGAGCUUAUCUUUCAGAUAUUGUAGCACAAGGGAACACAUCUGUGGAGUUCGGUCAGGAUGCCUCGUUCUCUUGUACGCGGUCAGACGCGUCCGGCGUCAAACAGAUCACCUGGCAGCGGGUGAGCGGCACGGAGCCGGUACAAACUCUGGCUACAUACAGCGAUCUCUACAAGGAUCACGUGCACGAACAGUAUGUCGGGAAAGUCACUUUCACGGCGGCGUCAGUUAAUUCAACGUCCAUCAAGAUCAAACACGCAACGUUUGAAGACGAGGCUUGCUACAUUUGUUCCUUUAAGGUGUAUCCAAUCCAACCUCAACGACAGACGCUGUGUCUCACUGUUAAAGGCGUAUCAGAAAUAACAGCGUCGGUGAAUCCUGCGCCCAGUUCUGCUCCAGAUGUUGUAGUCUCGUGUUCAGCGACUGGUAAACCAGCCCCAACUAUCCUCUGGAAAUCCGCAGGGAGAGAGUUGAACGAUUUUCGGGAAAGUAAUUUCACAACGCUCAACAAAGACAGUUCAACCACAGUUACGAGCAACCUCACUCUACCACUGUCACAGUUUCAUGGGAAGUACGUGGAAUGUGUGGCUCGGAGUGACGACACAGAGAAGAGCGAUCAAAUCUAUGUGUCUGAUAAAGAUUAUAAAGACAAUGAAGUCACUUUAAGAAAUUAUAUCAUUCCAAUUCUGGUCUUGAUUGUCAUCAGUAUUCUCAUCUUCGUCAUCUAUUGUCACUCCAAGGAUAAAGAUCAAAAAUCUGCUUGCAUGGUUUGAACUACUGUGCAGCUGUUACUUUAUUUAGAAUUUAUACAUUUUUCUGAUGCUUCUUUUGUAAACUCGCUUCAUGUUUACAUUGGUGAAUAAGCUAAUUUUAGAUAAUAAUAUAGAUGAUAUGUGUCCUCCGCAGUUUUUAUAUCCUGCAUCUGCACUUUAAGUUUCUUUUAAUCCGAAAUUCUGCAUUAUUUAUUGAUAUGAGAUUUGUUUAGGAUUUUAGAUAACUCUGUUACAGCUGGCUGUCUUUGAUUAAAUUGCUUAUUAUCAUUUUAGAUUUAUUGUGUUCAGAUAUUGUACUUGGAAUGGAAUAGAUUUGUUAUUGGUUGCAUUUGUUGUUUUGUGCGGAUGUGUGUAUACGAAACCUUUUGUAGUGCAUUUUGUGUGUUUUUCAACAAUUUUAUAUAUAUGUGGAAUAUAUAUUUUCUAUACUGUG